UAUUAAAGAUAUACUAGUUAUUUGCUACAUUUAUUGCAAGUACACCAACUUCAAUAAUCGCGCUUAAUAGUGACAAUGGCUCAUACAUUUUUUGUAACUCUUAUCUUAUUAUUCUUAGUGAGUGCCCUGUGUAAACCUUCUGCGCAUAAAAAAACUGAAGAAGAAGAUGACGAAAUUCAUCCUUUCCAAAAUAAAUUUGUGAGGAAUAAGAGUGACGAAGAAGUCCUCAGGGAGCAAACGCAAGACUAUUGGAAGAAUAACGCCAUAAAGAGCAUAAGAGAAAAAUUUAAAUACAAACAUAAUUUUCAUGAAGCCAAAAACGUGAUCUUCUUCAUGGGUGACGGGAUGUCCAUAGCAACCAUAGCCGCCACCAGAGUUUACUUAGGAGGCGAAGAAACCUCUUUGGCAUUUGAAAAUUUUCCUAUCACAGGACUUUCCAAGACUUACUGUGUCAACCACCAAACUCCUGACUCAGCAUGUUCGGCUACAGCUUAUCUGGGAGGCGUCAAGGCCAACCUGGGUACUAUAGGGGUAUCGGCUGGUGUGCAACUAAAGAAUUGCACCGCCAUGAAACUAAAGGAGAACAGGGUGGAUUCUUUGGCGAAGAAGUUUCAAGAUGCUGGAAGGCGUACUGGGUUUGUUACUAGUACCAGGGUCACACAUGCUUCACCUGCUGCGAUUUACGCCCACACAUCGGAACGCCACUGGGAAUCAGACAGUGACGUCGAAGAACUGGGCGGAGACCCAAAAAACUGCGAGGAUAUCGCUCACCAGCUGAUUUUUGGUGAAACUGGACAAAACCUCAAUGUUAUCUUAGGUGGUGGUAGGAAGAACUUCUUAUCUAGAGAUGCCACAGAUGAAGAAGGUAACAGUGGUGCCAGAUCUGAUGGAAUCAACUUGAUCAACGAAUGGAAGCAUAGCAAAGCAGAAAAGAAUCAAUCAUUCGAAUAUGUGUGGAACAAACAGCAGCUGUUGUCUGUAAAAAACGAAACUGAGUAUCUCCUAGGCUUAUUUCAUCCAGGCCAUUUAAAAUAUAAUAAGGACAGAGAUGUGGAUGUGCAACCUUCUUUGGAAGAGAUGACCGAGGCUGCAAUAAGGGUCUUAGAUAAAGAGGGCUCUAGAGGGUACUUUUUGUUUGUAGAAGGUGGUAGAAUCGACACAGCCCAUCAUUACACUUUGGCCCAUAAGGCCCUAGAUGAAACAGCUGAAUUCUCUAAAGCCAUUAGUAGAGCCCUGGAGUUAACAAAUGAAGCAGAUACUCUUAUUAUUGUUACUGCUGAUCAUGCUCAUACGAUGACCUACGCAGGGUAUGCUGCUAGGGGCAGUGAUGUAUUUGGUUAUGCCGGUAUGGGCAGCGAUAAGCAUCCAUAUACCAUCUUAAAUUACGCCAAUGGGCCUGGUUAUAGGCCUAACUCAGAUGAGAAAAGGUUUAUACCUUCGCAGGAAGCUUUAAAUGAAAUCGGUUUUCAAUGGCCAGCAACCGUUCCAAGAGAAAAGGAAACUCAUGGGGCAGACGAUGUUGCCAUUUACGCGAAAGGUCCUUGGGAUUUUAUGUUUUCUGGAGUCAUGGAGCAGAAUAUUAUCCCAUAUUUGGUCACAUUGGCAUCGUGUAUUAAUCCCGAUUUCCAAUGUCACGAGAUACGUCCUAAGUUGGCUUAAAUAUUGUUGUGGUU